AUUUCCUCCCCCUGAAAUGUGACGCCUGCGAGCAGAUCUUCUGCACCGACCACAUCGCUUACGCCCAGCACGGCUGCACCUCGGCCUACAAGAAGGACGUGCAGGUCCCCGUGUGCCCCCUCUGCAACACCCCGGUCCCAGUGAGGCGGGGGGAGAUGCCCGACGUCGUGGUGGGUGAGCACAUCGACCGUGACUGCAGAUCCGACCCCGCGCAGCGCAAGCGCAAGAUAUUCACCAAUAAGUGCUUGAAGCCUGGCUGCAAGCAGAAGGAGAUGAUGAAGGUGAUCUGUGACCAGUGCCACAAGAACUACUGCCUCAAGCACCGGCACCCCCUGGACCACGACUGCAGCGGGGCAGGGCGUCCCCUCUCCAAGGCAGGGCACGCUGCAGUCGCGAGAGCCCAAGCAUCCUCCUCCAAAACAGCCCCUGUGUCGAGCGGCGGAGCAGCCCGGCCAGCAGACAGCCCCGCUUCUCCGGCCUCUGCCAGAGGAGGCAAGGCAGCUGCGUCGCGGCCUCGCAGCACCUCCCCUCCAGCUGUCGUGCUGCAGAACGGGCUGAGUGAGGAAGAGGCACUGCAGCGCGCUCUGGAGAUGUCCCUGGCAGAGUCAGCACGCAGCUCGGCACUUCCGCCCAGCAGCACGCAGGAGGAGGAGGAC